UUAAGUAAACUUUUGAAUACAGUAUUUAUUAUUAUAUUUCUAUUUAUUAAAUAUGAUAAGAAUUUAAAGAAUAUUUUGUAUUAAAAGUAUUAGUGAGUAAUGAAUAAAAGAAUAGUGGGUUAGGGGUUAGGGGUUAGGUGGCAAACAAUGGGCAGUUGUAUUGGCCGAUGUUUUUGUGAAGUGGGAAAAUGUUUUUGCUGUGAUUGUGUCAUAUUUGGGACCAAUUUAAGAGAUUCCAUCGCUAGAAGACACAGACGUAUGAAGACAUCGAAGUCUUUCUCAUUGAGACGACAGAGUUCUUCGACAACCAUUGAGUUCGAGAAUCUUAUGUUUGAAUUCAAUCUUCCCGAAUUCAAAGUCCAUAACAUGUGUCCCUAUUAUGCGAAUAGGAAUCCAAUAUCAAUGUCUUUCAAUGCCUUAAAUUCUUCGGUUCAGAUGACAACUGAUGAGAUAUCGUGUGAAUUACCGAUCAUUGAGUCACUCGUCUCACGAUCUUCUCUAAUGAGAAGUAAAACCAAUUCUCCAGACUUGAGGGAUAAGACGUCUUUAGGGGGCUCUUCAUCGCAGGGAGAGCUUCAGUGGGAGAACGAGAUUAUCAUCGAUGAGUUCAAUAGUGGAGAACCUAAUGAUCCACAAGAACUGGAAUGGGAUCACUUCGAUGCAGAUAAUUAUGCCCUCAUUAAUGAGACGGAACAACUGAUUCAAGAAAUUGAACAAUUGUCUCGAUCAUCGUUAAGUCAUUUGCCGUAACAAUACUUCACUCAAUCUCU